AACAACAGAAAAAAAAAAAGAAAAAGGAAAAGUCUAAACACUUGUGUCUGAGUCUGAAUCGAUUUCUUUAUUUCAAAGCGAAGAGAGAGAAAACAAAUCGAGGAUCUGAAAACAAAUACACACACUUGUGUAUGUUCUUCAUUGGAGACAGCUUAUAAUAUAUUAAUAAACAUUUAUUACCAAACACAAAAACACUCUCUCGUUAUCUUUUCUCUUCAUCUCUUUGAUUUUUCUUGUAAUAACCCUAAAGAUCUUUUAAGGUUUUCAUCAAGAUCAUCAAAGCUUUCCCUUUUAAGAUCUGGGCUCACUCAAAGAUUCUCUCUUUUAAUUUCUCUCCCCAUUUUAAUACCAUUCAGCUCGAAAGUCUCAGCUUUUUUGGAAUUUCUGAAGUGGAGUAAAACUCACUACACUUUCUUAAUUGGCAUCGUAUCGUACCUACGUGCGGGUGAGGAUCUUUCUCAAUCACAAUAACAACGUUCUGUUCAAUGUAAAGAAGUUAAAAGAUUCAAGCUUUUUGUUCUGCAAUGGGAGAAACACAGAACCUGCAUUUGUCUCCACGACACCGCUCUUCUCUAAAGAAGCCAUUGUUGAUUGUAUUAUUAGUAUGCAUCGCAAGUGUGGUCUUGGUCAUCACUUACAUGUAUCCACAACAGAGCACUAAGAGCUCUGCUGCCUGUGUGGGUUUAUCUAGUAGAGGCUGUGAAGCUGCGCUCUCUGGAUGGCUUCCUGUUCAUGUGAGGAAAUUUACUGACGAGGAAGUUGCAGCUCGAGUUGUGAUCAAAGACAUACUUAGAACACCUCCUGCUCUCACCCCUAAAUCAAAGAUCGCUUUUAUGUUCUUGACUCCUGGUACUUUGCCGUUUGAGAAGCUCUGGGAUAAGUUUUUUCAGGGUCAAGAAGGAAGAUUCUCUAUUUACAUCCACCCAUCAAGGUUAAGACCAGUUCACAUUAGCCGUCACUUUUCAGACCGUGAAAUUCACAGUGAUCAUGUCACUUGGGGAAGGAUUUCUAUGGUUGAUGCUGAGAGACGGCUUCUAGCAAAUGCUCUUGAAGAUCCUGACAACCAACACUUUGUUCUUCUUUCAGAAAGUUGUAUACCGUUGCAUACAUUUGACUACACCUAUCGGUAUUUGAUGCACGCUAAUGUCAGCUUCAUUGAUAGUUUUGAGGAUCUUGGUCCUCACGGGACGGGCAGACACAUGGAUCACAUGUUACCUGAGAUCCCUAGGCAAGAUUUCAGAAAGGGUGCACAGUGGUUCACAAUGAAGCGUCAACACGCUGUAAUAGUGAUGGCUGAUGGUCUCUACUAUUCAAAAUUCCGGGAAUAUUGCAGACCUGGGGUAGAAGCAAACAAGAACUGCAUCGCAGAUGAACAUUACCUGCCAACAUUCUUCCACAUGCUUGAUCCUGGAGGAAUCUCGAACUGGUCAGUCACAUAUGUUGAUUGGUCUGAGCGUAGAUGGCAUCCAAAGACAUACAGAGCGCGUGAUGUCUCACUCAAGCUCUUGAAAAAUCUCACGUCCGACGACAUGAGUGUACAUGUAACAAGCGUUGGCAAGCGCGGAGAAGAGCUGCAUUGGCCUUGUACAUGGAACGGAAUUAGACGUCCAUGUUAUCUAUUCGCAAGGAAGUUUCACUCAGAUGCUCUUUACAAACUGGUCAGACUCUUCCCAAACUACACCAGCCCAGUUGUCUGAGAGAGAUACAACAAAUUCUUGAAACCGAACCAUACUAUUCUUGAAACCGCAACAAAACACGUCCACAUAUCUCGAGAUUGGAUUGGAUUGGAUUAGAUUGGAUCAAAGUUUACUGUAAAUUCUCUUUAAAAUGCUUCCUAUUCCUGGGAUUUAGUGUCUCGUUGAUGAGACAUGUUACUCUGCUUUUAUUAAAGGUUUAGUACAAGAACAAAAUUAGAAGCAGAGAUUUUUGGUUAAGGAGAGGUUUGGUUAUUGUGAUUUAAGCCAUUGUUCGGUUAGUGUUAACCGGUAUGUGUUGUUGUAAGGUGAAGCUAUUAGACUAUUAGUAAUUUAGCACAAAGAGUUUAGAUU